ACUCUAGGCCGGAUGUAGUCUUGGUCUGAAACUUGCUAGUCCAAGCUGGGCAAGGGUCUCCCACGUCUACAUUCAUGGCGUCCCCUAACAAGGCAGUGAUUGUUCCCGGGAACGGAGGCGGGGAUGUGGCCACCCACGGCUGGUACGGCUGGGUGAGAAAGGGGCUGGAGCAGAUUCCUGGUUUCCAGUGUUUGGCUAAAAACAUGCCUGACCCAAUUACAGCUCGAGAGAGCAUCUGGCUGCCCUUCAUGAAGACAGAGCUGCACUGUGACGAGAAGACUGUCAUCAUAGGCCACAGUUCCGGGGCCAUUGCAGCCAUGAGGUAUGCAGAGACACAUCAGGUAUAUGCUCUCGUAUUGGUGUCUGCAUACACAUCAGACUUGGGAGAUGAAAAUGAGCGCGCAAGUGGGUACUUCAGCCGCCCCUGGCAGUGGGAGAAGAUCAAGGCCAACUGCCCUCACAUUGUACAGUUUGGCUCUACUGAUGAUCCCUUUCUUCCCUGGAAGGAACAACAAGAAGUGGCAGAUAGGCUGGAUGCCAAAUUGUAUAAAUUCACUGACCGUGGUCACUUUCAGAACACAGAGUUCCAUGAACUGAUUAGUGUGGUGAAGUCUAUGCUGAAAGUACCAGAAUAGUCAGGAUGACUCCUGCUCUGUAACAAGCCAGGAUGGGGAAGAAUAAUAAUAGCAACUAUUCUCACACAGCACUACACGUGAAAUGUGUAGUUAAGCUACAAAGUGCCUGAACAACAAACCUAUGAACACUCACACUAAGUUACUAGCACUUUGAGUUCCCACAGAAUUUAAAUCUUCCUGAAAAGCUACUAACUACAGCAGUAUGUUUCCUGUUUGAUAAGGGACAGAGUUUGUUUAGCUAUCUUGUUGAUGCAAAGAGAGUUAAGUCAGAAGAAUCCAAAACUUGACACAGACAUGGUGGUGUGUCCCUGUAUUCACAGCCCUUCAGAGAAAGAAGGGAAUCGGAGGGGAAGGCUAGCUUGACCCUGUCUCAGAAAACAAAGAGCAAGACGACAACCCAGGUCUCCUGAGUCUCAUUCCAAAUUAUAACUCAAUAGGCUUAGCAAGAUGUGAUCCACUUCUGAGACCCAGCACUUAGAAAGGGGAAGAAGGUGGAUCUUGAGCUGAGGCCUGUCUAGGCCCAAUAAAGUAAAACCCUGUCUCAAAACAAAAGACUGGUUUUCAUUCAAAUUAUAUGAGUGAUAAUUACUCCUUUUUGAAAUAGUUUUUCUCUUACCAGGGGAAAGAAAACAUGAUUCAAGAUUGAGAAUGUUAUCUUAGAACUCAAAACUCUAGCUGUUCUUUAUUAGCUCAAGAGAGUAAACUUGGGUCUUCAUCACUGAAAUUCCUGACCCCACCACAUCCCCAGGUCCUUCUGACAAUUUGAGAGAGACCAACAUAGACGGAUGCUGAGUAAGGGAGCUGCAGGGGACAGAUAGCUGCAUAGCCUGUCACCUGUAUAUCAACUGUAUUGGACUGGCAGGAUUAGGUCAUGGGGGAGUACUGCAAUAAAGAAGCGUGACAAGUA